CGCGAACGCAGUCGUCGGUAGAGGAGUACUGGAAGGGAAAUUGCCAAGUUCAGGCUAGGACGCGAUACUGUUAUCACUUUUCCGUAUAUUUGAUUUGGCCGCGUAAAUAUAAACCUGAUAACUCUACACAAUGGAUAACUAUAACAAUUUGCGCAUAUCAUAUAUUCGCGCAGUUUUCUUAUCACGUUUCUUGCCGCAGGUUGUUGUUAUAUAUAUCGAAGUUCCAAGUACAGAAAUCAAGAAAAUGAUUAAAAUGACUCAAUGGGUCAUUAGCAUAUUUUUACAACUACCUCAUAAUAUGAUUUAACGCGUACAUAUUACAAUAUGAAAUAUCUAAGGAAUAGGUGUCGAUGACAGAAACCAACAAUCCAGAAUGUUUCACGUCAACUUCCCGUCAUAGUUAGUUCAAACAGCGCGUUGGGUCAACUCAAAUUUUCCUGAUUUCGUGUUAAAUAGUGAUCGAUUGCGGUAAAGAUAACAACUUAAAAUCGUUCGGGGGGAAACAUAACCUCAAAAUGUGGCUAGUCGAUAGGUUAUUCGAUUAUUCUUUCCGGGAAAGAAGCCGGACUAUACGAUUAAUACUCAUGGGAAUAAUAACUCAUUUCGUUUUAUUGUACGGUGUUAUGGACGCCUACUUCUCCUCUCCAGUUCUUCAUGGGUUACCAUCGCAUAGUGCUAAAUUAUCACUUUGCAAACGAGUUGUUGUUUUUGUUUCCGAUGGGUUACGAGCCGAAGGAAUUUUUUCUCGGGAACACGAAAGUUUUGCUCCUUACUUAAAUAAUAUUAAAAACGAUGUUGGAGCUUGGGGAAUAUCCCACACUCGAGUUCCCACCGAAUCAAGACCUGGACAUGUUGCAAUUUUCGCUGGAAUGUAUGAAGACCCGCACGCUAUUACGAAAGGGUGGAAAUAUAAUCCGAUUGAUUUUGAUCACGUUUUUAAUCAAAGCAAGCGCUCCUUUUUGUGGGGUAGCCCUGAUGUAGUUCCAAUGUUUAAUAAAGAUAAAUUAAAGAAAAUUUAUAUGGAUUAUUACGAACCUAGUUACGAAGAUUUUUCUGGUCAACAAUCAACAAUUCUCCUUGAUGAUUGGGUGUUUCGAAGGGUUGAAAAAGUUUUUAGGACGAAUCAUCCAAGUUUAAAGCACGACAAAAGUGUUUUCUUUUUGCAUUUAUUGGGAAUGGAUACCGCCGGGCAUGUUUAUAAACCAAAUUCUAAGAAAUAUUUUGACAACUUAGCGUUUGUUGAUCAAGGAAUUAAAAACAUUGUUAAAUUUAUGGACGAUUUCUUUGACGAUUAUGAAACAACGUACAUUUUUACCUCUGAUCAUGGGAUGACCGACUGGGGUUCUCACGGAAGCGGCUCCGCGCAUGAAACCGAAGCUCCCUUCAUCAUUUGGGGCGCUGGUGUUAAACCAAACAGUAAAAGACAAGAUUUAAAACAAGCUGACAUCACCGCAAUUAUCUCGUUUUUAUUAGGAAUUAAUCAUCCAAUUAAUUCUGAGGGGAUUUUUCAACAACAAUAUUUUGAUUUGGUCGAUUGGGAAUUGGCUUAUAUUUUAUAUGCAAAUGUUUUGACCUUAUCUGAACAAUACAAAGUACAAGAAAGCUAUUUGGAUCGUAAUAAAAUCUCAUUCUUUUAUAGAGGAAUUAAUGCCUUAAGAAAUCUUACUGAUAUGUUGGAUUUGAUACAAUUAAAACUUGAAACACGACAAUAUGAAAAAGCUAUAUACGACAUCAAAAAGUUAAUUCCUUUGCUUGAAAAAGGCAAAUUUGAGAUGAACACUUACUUAAAACUACCAAUAUUGAUGUGCCUUGCGGCUGGAUUAGUUGUGUUUAUGAUUUACACAGCUUGUGUGAUGCUGUAUAGUACCGAAAGAAUCGACAAUCCGCAUUAUAUUGAAGACGCUGAAUUAAUCGACAUGUGUUCAAAAGUUUUGGGUAUACUUUUUGUAGCGAUGUGUGUUUUAUUAUACAAAGGUCUUGAAGUGAAAUAUUGUGCAUAUUUAAGUUUUCCGUUCAUAAUGUUUUUGUUUCUAAUGCAUGAUGGCGACCAAUUACAGUAUUUACUUGUUUUAAUACAUUUCGUGGAAUUGAAACAUUUAAUCAAAUAUGGCGUGAUGCUUUUUGGUGUUUAUUUUUUGAGUAUGACGCUUAUUCACCGAGAAUAUAUAUUUUAUACAUGCAUUGGGAUUUUGCUAUGGAUGUUGACGGAGAAUUUUAGCGCAAAGCGCAUCGAUAAAGUAAUUUGGUUGAUUUUAACGGUUUAUUUGCCCGUGUAUUACCAGGUUACGCCGAUGUUCAGGGAAAAUUAUCAUGUUGUUUGUAUGAUCGGUGCUGUGAUAGUUAUGUACAUAUCAUUAAUGUUUACUAUGGAUCGAAUUAUGCGAAAGACUGACUAUUUUCAUUUAGGCGUAUUAAUCACCCAACUCGUUUGUAUGUUCUUAUCCGUCAUAAACAUCGCCGUUACGUCAUAUUACAACGAUUUAUCCCCCGAAUUAAUGACUUACAUUUACAUUUCAUCGUGGAUUAUCCUUGUGCUUUCUUUAAUUACGAUGAUUUUGCAUCCGAGACGACUUCUUCACCGCGCUCUCGGAAUUCAAGUUUCGAUCUUCAACAUUUAUUUUUUGAUGUCUACGAAUGGGGAAGGAUUAUUCUUGGCGUUUUUCAUUUGUUUGUGUUUAACUUGGAGUUUCAUCGAAAUGGAAGAAUCCAGGCAAAGUGGUGAGGUUGCUCUUAAAUUUGGAGCGAUGGAUGCCACGAAAACUGAAGUAUCGCACCAUGAUUUCCGAAAAUGCUUUAUAUUCAUGGCUUAUAUCUUGUUAUCAUUUUUUGGACCUGGAAAUAUCUCGGAUUUAAAUACAUUCGACCCAAUGUGGACGCGGUGUUUCGUGCGAGUCUUCAAUCCAUACUUGAUUACAUCUUUAAUCGGUUUAAAACUAGCAGUACCGUUCUUUAUAACAACGAUUAACUUCCAUAUGAUGAACGUUUCCGGCCGAACAUCGAUCUUAGGCGCUUUCACGAUUAUCUUAUUCUUUUCGGAUAUCAUGGUUAUGAAUAUGAUGUUUCGAGUAACCAACGAGGGUUCGUGGCUUGAUAUUGGUUUGAGUAUUUCUCGUUUUGUCAUCGCGAAUAUUAUUGCAAUAGCGCUUUUAGUUAUUUAUUGUUUAGUUCGGUUGUUAACCGAGAAUAGAUUAUUUGAUUAUUUAACCGUUCGUUUCCACCGCUUUUUCGGUAUUCGUACCGCUAUUGUGAUUGAGGAGAGUAGCGAAGAUGAUUUGAUGGGGAUUUAUCAUAAAGUAGAUUAGGUUGAAAAAAAAUGUGAUAAUAAUUAAGAGUAUUGUUUAUUUUGUUUUUGUAAAAGUAUCGUAGUUUAUUACAAAUGUGAUAACGCUUUAAUUUAUGUUUUUCGUUCAUUUGCGUUAAUAAUCUAGGUUAAUACUUAUAAUACAAAUUCAAAAAUGUGAUAUAUUUGUAUGCAUUGACUGCCAAGAGUAACCUGUUUAUUAAAAUGAAACGAUAUAAAAAUUA